AAUAAUACUCCUUAGCGGUCCAAACUCAAAAGGCUCUUUCCCAAUCUCAAUCCGAAUGCGCGUCACGAAGACGACGCCGAAGCCCGACAAAACUUGCCGGUAAGUGGUGGCGUCUCCUCCUGUCGCCUCUUUCCGAUUCUCCUCCGCUUUUCAAAACUCAAUCAUCCUCACCCGAUUAUCACAUCUUCCUUCUUAUUCAAUUUCAUUCCGCCCCCUAUUCCCAUCCAAAAGGACUAGCUGAAGGCAAUGGCAUCUUCUGGAGAUUCAUGGGUCAGGGAGUAUAAUGAAGCAGUAAAGCUUGCAGAUGAUAUCACUAACAUGAUAUCUGAAAGAAGUUCGUUGCCCACAACCGGGACAGAGGCACAGCGUCAUUCAUCUGCUAUAAGGAGGAAAAUUACUAUAUUGGGAACUAGGCUUGAUAGCUUAGAGUCUCUUUUGUCCAAACUUCCUACAAAGCAACCUUUGACUGAGAAAGAGAUGAAUCGGCGCAAGGACAUGCUUGUAACUUUAAGGUCAAAAGCAAAUCAGAUGGCAUCGACUUUGAACAUGUCCAAUUUUGCGAAUAGAGACAGCUUACUUGGACCAGAAAUAAAGCCUGUUGAUGCCAUGAGCAGAACAAAUGGCCUUGACAAUUCUGGCGUUGUUGCUCUUCAACGACAAAUAAUGAAAGAACAAGAUGAAGGCCUCGAGAAAUUGGAGGAGACAGUAAUAAGCACCAAACAUAUUGCAUUGGCUGUCAAUGAAGAACUUGGCUUGCAAACAAGACUCAUUGAUGACCUGGACCAACAUGUUGAUGUUACAGACUCCCGUCUACAGCGAGUACAAAAGAGGCUUGCCAUUUUAAACAAGCGGACAAAGGGUGGCUGCUCCUGCAUGUGCAUGCUUAUGUCAGUCAUCGGGAUUGUGGUUCUGAUCGCAGUGAUAUAUAUGCUGUUCAAAUUCUUGUAAUGCCGAAGCUUGUAUUUUACAGUUUGACACGCAUCUUUGCCUGUGUAUGGAAUAACUUAAUAUUGGCCAGCGCGGCCGUGAUUGUAUCUUGUUUGGUUGUUCCUUAAGGAAUGUGUCUGUCUUGCUAUUUUGUUUC